GGUAUAUUACAUUCAUGGGGCCCUUUGAUCAUGCUGUGCUUGUCUCCGUGAGAGAAGAAUUUCUAGUUUGCUGCUUCAAUGCAGCCAAUCGAUAAAAAUGGCUCCUCAUCCGGGUCUUGAAGCCGAUCACAUCAAGGAGAAAUCCAAGAAAGACCUUCUUGAUCUCCUUGAAGCUGUAAGGGGCAAAAAGAACCUUGUAAUCAGCAAGGCUCUUGCUGGUCCUGUUGGAGUGUUUGUCAAAUUUUCUGUCCUCCAGGAGUACGGAGUUGACCGUGUAUUCCUGCUGGAAAACGAAAACGUUGAUUCAUCUCAGCGGAAUAUUAUUUUCCUAGUCAAUGCGGAGAAGCCGAGCCACGUACAAUUUGUUUCUGCUCAGAUUCGGAAACUUCAGCGGAAUGACACUGUCGAACACGAAUUCUCGAUAUUCUGGGUGCCACGCAGGACCCUUGUUUCCGAUCGGAUCCUUGAAGAAGAAGGCAUCAUUGGAGACGUAAACAUUGCCGAACUCCCCUUGUACUUUUUUCCCCUUGAGAAUGAUCUACUUUCUCUAGAGCUCCCAGAAUCCUUUAGUGAUUUAUAUUUGCAUCGAAAUCCUGGCGCAAUAAAUCUUUCAGCAAAGGCGUUGAUGCAAUUCCAGAGGAGACAUGGCCUAUUUCCACGUAUUGUUGGAAAAGGUGAUAAUGCGAGAAAGCUAGCAGAUCAAUUACUGCGCAUGAGAAAGGAACUAGACGCAGAAGAGUCAUCAGGUCUAGUGGAUAGGCUCGGAAGAGGACUCAUGGUCAGCUCUACGAUGGAAAAUUUGAUCAUCAUCGACCGUGAAGUGGACUUUGCAACAGUAUUAAUGACACAGCUGACAUACGAGGGCCUCGUGGACGAAUUUUUCGGGAUUAGCAAUAAUCAAACUGAAGUUGAUUCGACGAUUAUUGGUGUGGGUCCUCCGGGCCAGGCAUCGCAAGGUUCAGCUUCAGGUGCAUCGUCAGCUCCAAAGCAGUCGCUGAAACGCAAAAUCCAGGUAGAUUCGUCCGACCCACUUUUCAGCCAACUUCGCGAUGCCAACUUUGCCAUUGUUGGCGGCCUUCUGCAUAAAGUUGCAAGGCGUCUGGAAAGCGACUAUGAGAGCCGGCAUGGCGCCAAAACAACAUCGGAGUUGCGAGAAUUCGUCAACAAACUUCCAGCUUACCAGGCCGAACACACAAGCUUGAAAAUUCAUACAAAUCUCGCGGAAGAGAUUAUGCGCCAAACUCGCUCUGAUGUCUUUCGGCGAAUCCUUGAAGUCCAGCAGAAUAUAGCAGCUGGUGCAGAUCCCGCUACUCAGCAUGAUCUAAUUGAAGAGCUAAUUGCUAGGGACGUCCCCAUCGCGUCCGUCCUACGACUGUUAUGCGUUGAGUCAUGCGUUUGUGGGGGUUUUCGUCCCCGCGAUCUUGAUAAUUUCAAAAGACAAAUUCUUCAAGCUUACGGGUACCAACAUUUGUUGACACUUGACGCUCUUGAAAAGAUGGAGCUACUUCAAUCACGGUCUUCAGCCACAGCCAUGAUUCUACCUACCGGCGGCGGCGGUGGUGGAGCAUCCGGCCUGAAAACAAACUACAAUUAUCUCCGUAAAGCGCUUCGACUCAUUGUCGAUGAAGUCGAUGAGCAAAACCCGGAUGACAUAGCAUACGUAUACAGCGGAUAUGCGCCGUUAAGUAUUCGCCUGAUUCAGUGUAUCUUACAAAAGUCUCAUAUACUCUCCCUCACGAAAAGUCUUCCCGCGCCGGCAGCGGCUGCAUCGGGUGGCACACCAUCUCCGGGCUGGUUAGGGUUCGAAGACAUUGUGAAGAGUGCUCGUGGAUCGACAUUUAAUAUCGUCCAAAAAGCAGAGGAGAAGGUCACUCGUGCGAAACAAACAUUAACGGGAGCUGGAGGUAUCAAGACGGUUUUCAUUUUCUUUUUGGGUGGAAUUACCUUUACGGAGAUCGCUGCUCUACGAUUCAUUGCCCAACAGGAAGCAGCCAGAAGACGCAUAAUGAUAUGUACGACGGGAAUUCUCAAUGGGACCAAGAUGAUGGAGGCUGCGAUAGAAAAGUCGUAAAAUUUUGCAUCUUCUACGAUUUGUUCUGGAUUUUCCACUAUGGGCUACGAUAUCAUCUUAGGAGAACCCUUAGCAGGCGAGCACUAUCAGAAAAGCCUAUUUGUGUCAACGACAGUGAUAUAUCAAAAGGAGUCUUUGGCUAUCAGUCGUAUUCAUUUCAGUAUUCAAACUUGCUAUCCAGCCCAAGCAACCGACCCUGGUAUCUUCUCGUUACUUCUUCGAGCUUCACCAUGAUCCCUGCUGCUAGUGCUCUCACCCUUUCAUCCUCUUUAGGCGCCCGUUCAAACACACCAUCGACCCAUUCUCGCAGCUCAAGGACUGAAGUAGCAAAUUGAGUCGCUAAGCUUUCUUCCGCAGUACUCCCAGAUACAAUAUUGACGUCCACAACGGUGAGAAAUAGGGAUAGGAUAGCAGGUAGGACGAUGGGAUCAGAGGCGACAGGCAAAUUGUGCAAUGUGGUGAGAAACGAAAACACUUCGCUUGUGGAUAAGUUGAGGGUGGGCGUAUGUGGCCCGAUGGUUGACAGGAGAAGAGUAAUUGUUUGCACAGAAAGAGAAAUGAGAUGUGGUUCGAGGAAUGGAUUACUAUUCCCGAAGGAACUAUACUCCAGUCAGACAAGCUCUGCGGUGUGAACUAGAGAACUUUGCUUACCGCAUUGUAUACAUCAUCACACUGAAUUCCCCCAGUAAUGGCAUGAGAAAUGCUUCUGAUAAAACCCCAUAUAGCUCUUUGGGCACGGACUUUUGCCUCCGUCUUGAUUCCAAGCCACGUUUCUGUCGUUCUUCCUCUGCAUAGGAAGAAAGAGGCCGGAGCUUCAUAAUAUUGGGACCAGUUAACUUAUCUGCUGCAGUCAGGGCCAUGGGCUCUAAGAUGCUUUGGGAGAUCUGUUUUGAUAUGGUCUCAAUUGACGCCUUGGAUGAGUCAUAAAUUGGUUCUAGAUGCUCCGGCAAUCUUUUCGAAGGAAAUGUAUGGGUAGAUUUUUCAAGCCCCAUGACCUUUGCAUCCGCGUCCCCGAAACCAGCGAGUUCUCUGGCAGCUAGUCCAAGCGCUAUUAAAACAGAUGACCGAUGCGCGAGAGAAAGGUCGACGUUAAAAAGUGUGUGCGCCAUCCAUCGCCCCAUUUGGGACGGAAGGGCAACAAUAAGGGCGACGAGACCUUCCAUUCGCCGCUCGUGAAAUUUCGGCAUGUCAUACCUAUCUUGGAGGGAAACAAGUUGUAAAGCAAGCUCGUUGGCACUUUCAACAAUUUCCGUACCGAAAGCGGUUUUGCGACGAAUGAGGUCUGGUGCGGUCGAAAUGGCUAAAUGGUAACGGUCUGGAUUUUCUGUGUCACUGAGAGCCGAGACAAGAUCACGGAUAUAGCUGGUACCUAAUGUUAGCUCGUUAUAAACACUC